UUUGAGUACACACAGAUCUGUGACGUCACAAGGUGAACACAUAUACCGCGGGUACGCGAGUCAGCCAUAUUUAUUUACAUACAACUGAAGCGACCGAAUGAUUUUAUUUCGUGUUUGACAGUGGAUCUGGUGUAUAAUUUGUUUAAUUGGGGACAACAGAUAAUCGAGGACAACGUUGAGACUUUACGAGGUUUCGCAAUGAGCGAAAAUAGGAAACGAAGUGUAGGUAAGAGGUGUGUGGCAUACGGGUGUUCAACAAAGUACGGCGAUGGGUUUGCCCUUCAUUUAUUCCCUACUAAUGCCGAUCUGUGUAAGAUGUGGACAAAUUUUGUACAAAAGAAAAGAGACAAGUGGGACGGUCCAACAACGUACUCGGCUCUGUGUGAAAAACACUUCGAAGAUGGGUCAUAUCCUAUGAAAUACGCCAUUCUUCGAUCCAUGGGUCAAACUCCCCCCAAGAAGAAGGUUCUCAAUGCCGACGCUAUCCCCACCAUACAGACGGCAGUUCAAGCUGAGCCCAUGGAUGAUGUAUCCCAACUUGCGUCCCCACUGUUUGCGUCAACACCAAAACCAAAAAAGCCCAGAUCCGCCUUCAUGAAACGUCAAAACAGAAGGAUCAUCAAUGAGAUAUUGAUUGAUGGCCAGACAAAAGACAUCAGUGGCGAGGAACCCAUGGACACCGACCAAGAUGACACUACCCCUACAGUUUUGGAGACACCAACAGUACAGAAUGGCAGCUGUAUUAGCAUCAGUACUACUAGGACAUGCGGGACACAACUGGCUUUCAAAAAGCCCUGUGCAAGAACUGUACGAGUACAAGUUACGCCAUUAACUAAAGAAAAGGGAUGUCAAACUACCAAUAAACCAAAGAUGAAAAAUGUUGAGGUACAGUGCAACAUCCUGAAGCCAGCCAAAGACAAACUCAACACCUCUGUGACAUCAGAUGAGCUGGACCAAUCAUGGAUAUCGUCAGCCCAUGGAAAUGAAGCAGAUGACUCGGACUACCAGCCUUCAGAGUGUGAGUCGGAUGUUGGCUCAGAAUGCUUGAAUGAUGAUGACAGGUAAUGAACAAAUGUU